AAGAAAAAGACAGCAACAACGUGAGUCAGCAAAAGGAACUCCUCCACUACAUACCUUUUGGAAUCAAGAAAAAUUACAGGCUAGUGGAGAAGAAUUGUAUGAUGAACAGUCAGAGAAUGAAGAUCAGUUGGAGAAAGUUAAUGAGGAACAAUCGGAGAAUGAAGAUCAGUUGGAGGAAGUUAUUGAGGAUGAGGAAGAUAUUGGGGAAUUGUCAGAGGACGAGAUUGAAGCUUGUAAUUUACUUAAAAAAAUUCCAGCCACUCUUGAAAAUCUAGCAUUAGAUAUCGAAAAAAAAAAUGUAAAUAGUGAGAUUUGGAUGCAGCAGGAAAAGGGGGUGUAUCAUGCUAGGUGCAUUCGUUCUUGGGCGCAUGAAUACGUUAUGGCAUGUCAGAUUCCUUAUUCUCGCCGUGGGUAUCACACUAAAACAUGGAGCUUUCUUUGGGAUGAAGAUAUUCUUCUUCAAAUAAGAUCAUAUAUUCAAGAAAAUAAAUGGAAUAUUACACCGUAUAUGAUCAUGUCACAAAUAAAUGAGGUUAUUUUACCAGGGCUCAGAUUUGCACUGCCUCCAACCAUUUCUCUCAAUACUGCUAAAAAUUAUUUAAAAGAGCUUGGGUAUGUUUAUAAAAGA